GAUCCUGUCUCAAUUCAAACACACAAAGAAGAAUAAGAUCUUAACGAUUCAUUCAAAGUCGGGGCUUUCCAAAGGGGUCCCGAAAGGUUACAAUCCGGACCCUUUCCGUGGAAAGCGCAAGUGAAUGAAGCAAAGAGCUCUCUACCCGACCACCACACCCCGUUUCCUCACGUCACAACCCCCCAGAGCAGCGCCAGGAGCCCGCGAACCGCUCGAGCGUUGAACCCGGAUUGGUCGCUACGACCAUCCCUGUCAGCAUCGGGGCUCCCGCCGCCGCUGCGCGUGGUUCUGCUAGCGGUUCUGGAGCUCCGGGGUCAGGCGGAGGACAGCGGCGGGGGCGGGGCCUGACCACGUGACCGCCCCCGCCCCGCCCGCCCUGCGGCCCUCCAGCCCGCCGCCCGCCCGCCCGGCUGCAGCUCCCGGCGUGCCCUGCACUCUCUGCUGCCCGCCGCCGACCCCUCCUUCUUCUCGUCCCAGUGCCACCGAGCCGGAGUCCGAGCCACCGCCGCCGCAGCCACUUCAGCCGCGGGCACUAUGGUAAGGUGGGCGCGCCGGCGGGGGAAUGCUGGGCGCGGCGCGGAUCCCCGCGCGGCCGCCAUCUUAACCCUGCCUGGGCCUGUGCGGUGGGCGCUUCGGCGCUGCGGGCCGAGGGCUCGAGGCCCUGCGGCCGCUCCGAGUCCCGAGGCGGGAGGGCCCGGCGCAGGCCCGGCGCGAGAGGGUCGCUCCUUGGGCCAGGGCCCCCGCGUGUUGCUCUGCCCUGCGCGGCUUAAGGUUUUUAACUCGCGCGCUGUAAGGUUGGUACGUGGCCAGCAGCCUCUGGGUGAGGGUCUAGGAGGCCGGCCAUAACGCCGUUCCGAGGAGAUUGAACAGGCAUCUGGAGUUACAGUGAAUGAUGAAGUCAUCAAAGUUUUUAAUGAUAUGAAAGUAAGAAAAUCUUCUACACAGGAGGAGAUCAAAAAAAGAAAGAAAGCAGUUCUCUUCUGUUUGAGCGAUGACAAAAGACAAAUAAUUGUAGAGGAAGCCAAGCAGAUCUUGGUGGGUGACAUUGGUGACACUGUAGAGGACCCCUACACAUCUUUUGUGAAGUUGUUGCCUCUGAAUGAUUGCCGAUAUGCUUUGUACGAUGCCACGUACGAAACAAAAGAGUCUAAGAAAGAAGACCUAGUAUUUAUAUUCUGGGCUCCUGAAAGUGCACCGUUAAAAAGCAAGAUGAUUUAUGCUAGCUCUAAAGAUGCCAUUAAAAAGAAAUUUACAGGUAUUAAACAUGAGUGGCAAGUAAAUGGCUUGGACGAUAUUAAGGACCGCUCGACGCUGGGAGAGAAACUGGGGGGCAGUGUUGUAGUUUCCCUUGAAGGAAAGCCACUAUAAAAUAAUAGCCAAGUGCCAUUUGAUCUUAAGGGGCUUACACGUAUCUCUCCAGCUCAGUCCACUGGAAUUGUAUUAGGUUUUGUUUUUUUUUGUUUAUUCCCUUUUCACUGGUCCCGUUCGUGAAUGAGUGAAUAUAAGAAGCCUGUCAGUAUUGCCAUGAGACUGUUUCAUAUGGUUACUUUUCUGUAUUCCCAAGGAAUGCCUUCCUGUCUUAUUUUAGCCAAAACAAACUGGUUCCAUGCCUUCCUUGCAGUGAACGUUACAAUGGAUGUGGUUGUCAAUGUGAAUAGCUUAGAGUACUACAAAGGGUAAGCUAACUGAAUGCCUUGAAAAUAUUAUCCACUGGUCGGUCAUAUGGGAGACUUGUUUCAGUAUUAUUUAUAGUUGCACUUGAUUACCGUUCUCUGAGGCACUGGAGCCUUCAUACACCUCACCUGCCUUGGCAAGCCUAUUUUUGUGACCUGGCAGCACAGAUUUAACACUAUUCGUUAAAAGCACUUUUUUUUUAAUGCGUUUAAUCCCUUAUAAAGAAUGCCAAUUAAGUUUUAUUACCUGUCAUCAAUUUAUCCUAGUAUCUCAGUGUUCAUUCUUCUUGCCUUCAUAUUUUUUUCAAAGAAACAGCUGUGCUAAUGUCUUUGGUUUCCCGAUGAGUGUACACUACUGUAUAAUUUAUGUUUACCAUAUGAGUCUUGAAACACUACAGAUAUUUUGAAUAUCAGUCAUGAUGGCAAUUUCUGUAUAAAAGAGCCUUAAAUGGAACAUUGUUUUGAGAUCAAACUCCCUACCCUCACAAAAGUGGCCACGUUGCAAUAAAAAUUGUGGCAGAUUACAGAAUGUUGCCUUGUUUUCCUUGGAAAUUUUGCAAAUUGUUAUGUGAAAUUUUAGGGUAACGGUGAUUAAGCUCUGCACUGGUAUUUGGAAUUUUUUUUCCUUUAAUCUUUGGUUUAAAAACAUCUUAAAAUCACUUAUAUACAAUCAUUAAAAGAGUGGUAAUUUUAUAAAUGCUUAUUUAUGUUAUAAAAUGGAGAUCAGAAAAAAAUUCUUUUUGCACUUUGGCCUAUCCAGUAUCUUAUUUAUUCUCUAGAUAAGCUAGGAUAUUAAUCCAGAGUUACAUUACUGAGAAUUGAGUAGUAUAAGUAGGAUGUUUUUAUUACUUGGUCAUAAUGAAAAUAAUUUGUAAAAUGUCAUUCGAAGGUUAAUGAUGAUUGUGAUGUUUAGGAAUGUUUGUCUCAGCCACAGUUCCUUCAUAGCUUUUCCAAAAUGAAUUGGGAAAAAAAAAUCGUAUAGCAGUCUUAAAGCUUAGUAAUGGAACUUGGCUGUGGCCCAGAGCUUUCUCCUUAUAGAGAAUUUGAUCUGCUCCGUGUGCGCUCUCUGCUAUUAGCCGGAGCUAUUUAUGGCAAACACAUGCUUUUGUAUCUUGUCAUAGUCAUCCACAGAUGGCAAAACUGGACUUGAUUCUACUGGCAUGUAAGACAGGCGUGCUAGUGAGCAGUCGUGUGUGGCUCUGGACUCUGACCCCAGAGCUCUGAAGAAUGCUCUUAUCAGAAGAUAGGAAAUGAAAAUAUCCUUUUUUAAAAUAUGUGGAAGUAAUUUGGGUAUAAUUAGUUUUUUUCUACCUUUUGGAAAGUUGUUUUUUUGUUGUUUUUUUUUUUUUCCCAGAUGAGAACAUUAACAUAGUGGUUAAAUGUCUAGGCUUCCAUUUAAAACUACACAAAUGACUUGGGAUCUUUUUAGCACUAAGGAAUUUGAUUUCAGCCUUCCAGCUGUUGCUGUGAGUUGUUCCAGACCUUUCUGUGGCUUUUUGGUAAGGCUGCUUAGAAGCAUGAGAAGCAUGAGAAUGGUAAUGUGUGCUAAACCUAUGUUUAACCAAUCUUUGCACCAAAGGACUUUUUCACCAAUUUAUUUUGUUAUUCUUCCAAAUAUUAAGUGAUUUCUAAAAGGUAAAGGGUGACCUUUUGUUUUUAUAUCUAAUUUCUCAAUUUCUUUAUAUGCAUUUUUAGAAUAAUUUGAGAGAUUAAAUGCUGCUUGAAACUAUUAUACUUUGAGUUUUAGAUUGGCCAAAUACAUUAAUGUAGUUAAAUUCAUCUUUAAAGUACACAUAUGUGCCUAGAGCCAAAAAAUAAUAAUGAUUUAAUUUAUGACCUUAUGUUGAGACUAAUUUCACAUCUUAUUUUGCAGUCAUUUACAGUGAAACAAUGUUCCAGCUAGCUUUAAAAGCUAUACGGUGCUAAUUAGUAAAAUAUUGAGGGCAAUAUUUUACUGCUAGCUUGCAAAAUUAUAAGUGUUUUAAAAAUAAAAUACAUGAAAA